GGGCUCGCUCCGCGCCUCCAUCUUGAGAGGGAGGGCAGGGGGAGGGCAGCGGGCGGCGCCGCCGCCGCCGGUCGUAGCUGCGGGCCCCCCGGCGGCGCUCAGAAGACCUUCAUGUAACUGGCUGAAAAAUGGUUCUACAAGAUGACAACCCCAACUCUAACACUAUUGAAAUGGAGACUAUCUUCACUGUGACGUGAUGUGUGAAGUUUGUUAGCAUUUUUUUGUUUGUUUUUUACACUUACUGUGGAAGGUAUGUAUGCGAAAAGUAAAGCUUAUUCUUUCUAUGUUCUUUUUUUAUUGUAGUUUAUUGCUCUCAAUGUGCAGAAGCCAAAUAUAAAGAAAUGUGUGGAAUUGUUAUUUCAUUGCAAGUUUGGAAAUACCAGUGAUUUGUCAGUUACAAAUGGUGUGGGUUUUUAUCAUGAAUCGAAUGAGCUCCCAGAGCAGUUCAUCCUCUCAGCGCAGGCGAAUGGCUCUAGGAAUUGUCAUUCUUCUCCUUGUUGAUGUGAUAUGGGUUGCCUCUUCGGAACUCACUUCUUAUGUUUUUACAAAGUACAACAAACCUUUUUUCAGUACGUUUGCAAAAACAUCUAUGUUUGUUCUAUAUCUCUUGGGAUUUAUUGUUUGGAAACCGUGGAGGCAACAGUGUACUCGUGGGUUUCGUGGAAGGCACGCAGCUUUUUUUGCAGAUGCUGAAGGUUACUUUGCUGCUUGCACAACAGAUAAUGCUGUAAACAGUUCUCUGAGUGAACCUUUAUAUGUUCCUGUAAAGUUUCAUGAUUUGCCAACUGAAAAAAGUGGCAGUAAUAAUAGUGAUGCAGAGAAAACUCCCAAAAAGCCUCGUGUAAGGUUCAGUAAUAUUAUGGAGAUUCGACAACUCCCAUCAAGCCAUGCACUGGAAGCAAAGUUAUCUCGCAUGUCAUAUCCAACGGUUAAGGAGCAGGAAUCAAUAUUAAAAACUGUAGGAAAGCUCACUGCAACUCAAGUAGCAAAAAUUAGCUUUUUCUUUUGCUUCGUGUGGUUCUUGGCAAAUUUCUCUUACCAAGAAGCCCUAUCAGAUACUCAAGUUGCUAUAGUUAAUAUCUUGUCUUCAACCUCUGGGCUUUUUACUUUAAUCUUAGCUGCGGUCUUUCCCAGUAACAGUGGAGAUAGAUUUACUCUUUCCAAAUUAUUAGCUGUUAUUUUAAGCAUUGGUGGUGUGGUACUCGUUAACCUUUCUGGAUCUGAAAAAUCUCCUGGAAGAGAUACAAUAGGCUCCCUUUGGUCUCUUGUAGGAGCAAUGCUGUAUGCUGUGUACAUAGUGAUGAUCAAAAGGAAAGUAGAUAGGGAGGAUAAACUCGAUAUACCAAUGUUCUUUGGUUUUGUAGGGCUGUUCAAUCUGUUGCUGCUAUGGCCAGGGUUUUUCCUGCUUCACUAUACUGGCUUUGAAGCAUUUGAGUUUCCCAGCAAACUGAUAUGGAUGUGCAUUGUCAUUAAUGGCCUUAUUGGAACAGUUCUGUCAGAGUUCCUCUGGUUGUGGGGCUGCUUUCUUACCUCAUCACUGAUAGGCACACUUGCGCUAAGCCUUACAAUACCUCUGUCCAUAAUAGCUGACAUGUGCAUGCAAAAGGUGCAGUUUUCGUGGUUAUUUUUUGCAGGGGCAAUCCCUGUAUUUUUUUCUUUUUUCAUUGCAACUCUUUUAUGUCACUAUAACAACUGGGAUCCAGUGAUGGUGGGAAUCAGAAGAGUUUUUGCCUUUAUUUGUAGAAAACAUCGAAUUCAGAGAAUGCCGGAAGAAAGCGAGCAGUGCGAAAGUCUCAUUCCUAUGCAUAGUGUUUCACAAGAUGGAGAUAGUUGCUGUUCAUAGACAAAAGUUUAAAAACGGAAUGAUGCCUAGCGAAGAGACAAUCUCUGGAAAAGUCCCUAAGGAAUCAUGUUUCAGUGCCUAUUCUGAAUUUUUAGUAAAAAUAAGAAGUUUUGGUUCUUGUGAAACGUUAAUGUUUUCCUCUUUCUUGCUUUCAUCUGGUUUUAUAAAUGAACAAAUUUACUACAUGCAUAUCACUGUAGGGAGUCUUAGUCCAUCUGAGCAACCAAACCUGCCUUACAACACUGAGCUGGUGAAGUUACUUGACAAAAUCAAGAAAAUGAAUGCUGUUAAGUGAUUUCUUUCUCUUUUUAACUCACAGUUUUGUUAAAUGCUGGACAACAUUGUUUUUAAAAAUAUUUUCAAAUGCGUUAUGUAAAUAAGUUUGCAGGUUAUCACGUCUUACAGGCUUUUUGAUGAAAAGCUAAAUAGAUAUGUUACCUGUAGUAGGUACAAAUUAACUUUUUUAUGUUGUAUAGACUAUUUGCAUAUUAAUAGAAGAAAAUAGUAAAGUAAUUUAUUAAGUGAAUUCUUGUAAUUAUUGAGGCAGGAUCUUUGUACGGUCCUGGAACACUACAUAUAUAUUGUCUUACCCCAUUUUGAGAAGCCUUGUAAUGGCAACGGGUGCCGAUGUUUAAAAAUCUUGUAUUACCUAAUGUUCUGGAAUGUUUACAAUUUUAGUGAAUGAUAAAAUAUUUCUAAUGACAGUACAUUUGGGUGUACAUUCUCAAAAUCAAUGUUUGUUUUAAACAGACCGAUUCUGUAACCCGUCAUUCCGAAUGAUCUCAUAGACAAAACUGAAUUUGAAAAUUUUCAUUAGUACAGCUGCCAGCUAAGAAACAGAUCAAAUUAAUUGUUAAAGUUUUCAGUCAGUGGGUUGCACUAUGAAAGAUAAAGAUAAUUAUAUUGAUUUCUUUUUUUUUUUCCGAUUGCAUUAAUAAAUUUAUUCUAAAAUUGAUCGUUUUCCUUAUAACCUGUAUCUUCCUUCUACUGCGGCAUUUUUCCUAUUUGAUUCUGAGAAGUUAGGAAUAAUUAAGUUCAGGGAUAUUUGACAAAAAUCAGUAACUUUUUCCAACUUCUGGUUAUAAGACACUUAUAUUUUAAAAAAUAAUAAUAAUUUUGGCUUUUGUAUGAUUUUAUUUUCUUAUAAUGAAUAUAGGACAGAUUUUUAGCCGAUAGUACUGUUUUCCACAUAAGAAGUCUGUUAAUAACAUAGGGUAUUCCCAUGAUCCUUCCAAGAGCAGUUUUGGUGAUUUGGUGACACAACUACUAGACUAGAGGGAAUGCAAGAAAGCGACACGUUUAGUGAUACAGUUAGAAGGAUUGACUCAACCAGCAGCUAGAAUGUAGAAUUCUUUAUGAAGAGAAUGGAAAAGAUACUGAGGAGAAAUAAGUGAAUCUGGGGACUGUUCUUGUUGAGUAUUGCACCUUAAUAAAAUUUUCCCUUUCGGUUCUUAAUAUUGGAUGUCAUUAAAAGUUGCAAUUAUCUGAGGUAUCUCUUUAAGAUGAUGUGAUAAGUCUUUGGAUACCUGAGAAUGUAUUUUUUUUUAUUUUAAUAAGUUAAUAAGAUUAUUAAAUUUUCCGUGGCAUUUUCAGAAACUUUCUAUUUCAAUUCCAAAGCCCAGUAGUAGAGGGGUUGAAAAUACAGUAUGUAAAGCUAAUUUUAUAUUUUACUUAGUUAGAAUUUUCAGAGAUUUCUUUGGUAAGAGGAGUUUACAGUAGGAUUUUUUUUCUAAAUUAGGACAAAUUAGAGAAUGUUACUUUCAGCUUUUUCAAUAAGUGUUGUUAAGGCUUAGUGGCAAUAAAAAGCUAAUGUCCGUUUUCUUCUGAUUUUAACGUUUCAAUGAGAUCAUGCCAUACACUCAAUACCAGCCAUUAACUACAAAUUUAGGUCUGUUCCUUUACAACAUCUAAUCAGUUACAGCUUCAGCAAACUAACCUUAGGAAAACUGAGUUUGCUUUCAAAUGGGCAAUUACAGUAUUUUUAGCAGGGUAUUUUAAUAAUGUCUUCUGAAAUUGGUCACUGAUAGGAUUGGAGUGAUAACGCAUGGUGGGCAAUUGCUAUUCAUAUUUGUUCAUGACUUAAAAGUGAAAGAUCAUCAUGGUCUCAUAUGUAUAUGACUUUUGUGAAGUGGCAUUAUUAUGUUAGAGAGGUUUAGAAACUAAGUACUAGGAGAGUGGUCUUCUAUCUCUGACCCAGUCAUCUUUCUGUUCAGCAGACUCGAUGUUAGGGCCUUCCCACUGCUUCUGUUUUUAACAAGAGAUGUAUUAAUCUUUUUUUAAAGAUACUUAAUAUUUUAAUCUUAUGUCACUAAGUAGCUUGAGCAGUCUUUUUGCAUUAAAUUACAGUUCUUUACAGAAGAAAAAAAAGCAAACUAUCCUUCCUGAAAUGCCAUGGAUUUUUAAACAGUGGUGCCCCUGUGGUUACAAGAAAUAUACUGCAGUUUUAUUUACUGAAGUUAUGACAUGUAACAUUGUUCCUGCAUUUAAUAGAAUGUGAUGAGAUUUUUCUAUAAAAUCUUGUGAUUUUUAGUACAAUAAUAUUUUAUAAAUAUAUCGUCUUAUUUGAAAUGUAAAUUGCAUAGUUCUCUAAUGGGUGCUUGGUAAAUGCACAAGAGAUUUAGCUUUGAUUCUCAGGUACCUCUGAUGUAAUGGUGACAUGCUGUUUUUUUUUUCCUCAUGACACAACUGGAAUGUGAAGGCGCUCCCGUAAAUGCUUUAACACUGUGUGCUAGCAUAAAUUGUCAUUGUUCCUACUGUUUCA